ACACCAGCGAUGCAUUUCUGGGAGUCUGUGCUUUGUGCUCUUCUAGCAUCCCUCUUUUCUGCCAUACUGGGAGGGCUUUACAUGGCAGGAGUCUUCCGCAAGAGGAGACCCAAAGAACCUCCAUUGGACAAAGGCCUCAUUCCAUGGCUGGGACACGGCUUAAGUUUCAAGAAGAACCCUGUGGAGUUUCUGGAAAAGAUGAAGAAGAAACAUGGGGAUAUUUUCACAGUGUUGGUUGGUGGCAAUUAUUUAAAUUUUGUGAUGGACCCUCACACUUACGGGACUAUAAUAAAGGAAUCAAAGGACAAGCUGGAUUUUGAUACAUUUGCUUCCACAGUUGUUUUUAAUGUAUUUGGUUUCCGCCCAAGUGAAUCUCAUCAUAAGAUUGUGCAAACAGUUAGCAAGAAGUAUCUCAGAGGUAAGAAUUUAGCUGAUUUGAACCAGGUGAUGAUGGAGAACUUGAAGACUGUGAUAUUUUGUGGUCUGGGCUCAGGUGAUGGGGAGAGGCCAUGGCAGCAGGACGGUGUCCUCCACUUCAGCUACAAAGCCAUGUUCCAAGCUGCUUUCAUGACUUUGUUUGGAACCGAUCCCCCCAAAAGUGGAGACAGCAAAGAGACUUCUAAGGAUCAUACAGCAACCCAGUGUGGAGAGUGGUUUGAAGAUUUUCAGAAAUUUGACAAGUACCUCCCCCAAAUGAUCAUUGGCAUAAUGGAUCCCCUGAGCAAGAAGGAGACGGAGAGGCUGAGAAACUUCUUCUGGGAUGUGCUGUCCGUAGAAAAAGUCUACCAAAAGGAUAAUAUGAGCAACUGGGUAGCGGAGCAAGAUCAGCAGAUGGCUGAUAUUGGGAUGACGGAAAAGAUGCGGAGUCAGUUCUUGUUUCUCCUUCUCUGGGCAUCGCAAGGUAACACCGGACCAGCUAUCUUCUGGGUUUUUGUGCAUCUCCUGAAACACCCAGAAGCGAUGAAGGCAGUGAAGGAAGAAGUAGACCGAAUCCUGAAGGAAACUGAUCAGGAGGUCAAGCCAGGCAGCCCCUUGAUCAAUGUGUCCUUGGAAACAAUAAAGACGCCAGUUCUAGAUAGCACAAUAGAGGAAACUCUGCGUUUGAAUGUAAGUCCGUUUCUGUUCAGAAGCAUAAUGGAGGAUAUGGACCUUACAAUGGCAGAUGGGAGAGAAUACAGCUUGCGGAAAGGAGACCAGCUCCUUCUUUUCCCAUUCGUUGGCCUGCAGAUAGAUCCCGAAAUCUACCCUGAUCCUCAGACUUUCAAAUAUGACAGGUUCUUGAACCCAGAUGGCACGAAAAAAGAGUUUUAUAAGAAUGGGGAAAAGCUAAAGUAUCCCAUCAUGCCAUGGGGGGGUGGACCUUCCAUGUGCCCCGGGCGAUUCUUUGCUGUUAGUGAAAUGAAGAUGUUUGUGAUCUUGAUGGUCACCUACUUUGACAUGGAACUGGUUAACAAAGAAGAGAAGAUACCGCCGGCUGAUGCAAGCCACUGUGGGAUUGGAACCUCACAUCCUUCUCAUGAUAUCCAGUUUAGGUAUCGACGGCGAAUCUAAGAGGAAAGUUGUUUAUUUCAUAACCCUAUUAGUUUGCAGUUCUUUAUUCUGUUCAGUCUUGGGGAGAAGGUCACUUGCAUACGUGCAAUUACAAAAGUACUAAGAUUCAGGAGUGCAAGCAUUUUAUUCUGCAGUGGACAAAGGGGAGUAACUGCUGUGGGACUGAAACUUGUAACUGUCUUGUAUAGCUUUUAUAGACAACUGUGACCUGCAUUACAUGAUUGAGAAGAAUGCAAUUGCUAGCAGCCAGCUUGGAGAGUGGAAUUUGAAGCUCUUUGUAAGCUCAGUACCUGUUGACUUCUCCAUUGACUUUCAUACUUAUGUAUCAAAAUCAACUGUGGCCUAUGGAAAGCUCAUGCAAUAACAGACCCAUUUUGCCACAGCACAUAUCAUCCUAAUUGAAAGCAAAUUAACUGUUAAUGUUGCAAGAAUCUUAACUUUCCCUAUGAAUUUUAUUCCUUUAUUCAGUUUUGCAAUAAUUCAAAUUGUAAAUAAUAGUUAGUAGUUAUGUCGCAGUUUUGCAUCUUCUUUCCAUUUCUUAA